UAUUCAUAAGUCCAUUAUGUCCAUUACGUUUCCCUCUUCAACGUCUCACGAAUCCCACACUUUCAUUCCCAAAACCAUGCGUGUUCUUGUCACCGGUGCCUCAGGUCUUCUCGGCCGUGCUGUCGUGUCUGAGUUUAAGAAUUCAGGCCAUGAAGUGAUUGGCGUUGCAUUCUCUCGUGCACAGGGCGAUCUCAAGAAGUUGAAUUUAGAGGACUCUACUGCCGUGGAGGCGUUUGUGGAUCAGGAGAAGCCUGACGUUAUUGUUCACUGCGCUGCCGAGCGUCGCCCCGACGUAGUCGAGAAGAACCCCAAUGGGGCAAAGAACCUCAACGUUCAGGUUCCCGGACUGCUGGCGGAUAUAUCCAACGACCGGGGAAUCCUGUUGAUUUACAUCUCCACUGAUUACGUUUUUGAUGGCACUAGCCCACCUUACGACGUCCGCGAUAAGGCCAACCCAUUGAAUGUCUAUGGUCAGACCAAGUACGAUGGGGAACUCGAGGUCAAAAGACUCAACUCCUCUGCUAUUAUCCUGAGAGUCCCCAUUCUUUAUGGGGAAACAGAAUACAAUGGCGAAUCUGCCGUCAAUGCCUUGAUUGACAGCGUCAAAGAUGGCAAAGCUACGACCAUGGAUGACUAUGCUAUUCGCUACCCAACCAAUGUCGCCGAUGUCGCCCGAGUGAUCAAGGACCUGUCGCUCAAGGUCCGCCACGAAAAAGUGUUCAUUUCCGGCAUUCUUCACUUUUCUGCCGAAGAAAAGUUCACGAAAUAUAGGAUGUGCGAGGUGAUCGCUAAAGUUCUUGGAACCUCCAUGGACCAUCUUGAAUCAGUCUCCACUGCUCCCAAAGACGGAGGAACUACAAGGCCGUAUGAUUGCCACCUCUCCAACCGAUGCCUCAAUGGUGUUGGCAUUAACACGCACUGUGUUAAGUUUGAAGACUGGAUGCAGCGUUGGCUGACCAAGGCCUGAAAGAGUCUGUUGCCACGGUUAAAAUGGAGCCAAGGAGGUGAUAGGAUCCUUAGCUAGCGUCGCAUGAAAACCGAAUAAAUUACAGGACCAGUCCAGCUGUCGUUACUGUGAGAGCCCGGUACUGAGGGCCGUGGCGACCAGGGAUACUCC